UGUACCAGAACAGGUUCCUGGGCCUGGCUGCCAUGGCGUCCCCGUCUCGCAGCGCCCAGAGUCGCAGACGCUGCAAGGACGCGUCGUUGCGGCUCAGCUACAGUCCAGAGCUGUUCCACAGUGGAGGCCCCGCCGGGGCGGACCACCUGACCCUGGCGCUGACCCUGCCUCGCUCCACCAGCGACGCCGACCUCCUGACCUCCGACUGCCGCUCCAUGCUCACAGUCAGCACCUCCCACUAUGCCAUCGGCCAAUCCCAGGACAUGGUGAUCUGUUGGGACAUCAAGGAGGAAGUGGAUGCAGGGGACUGGAUUGGCAUGUAUCUGAUUGAUGAGGUUCUGUCUGAGAACUUUCUAGACUAUAAGAACCGGGGGGUGAACGGUUCUCACAAGGGCCAGAUUGUGUGGAAGAUUGACUCUAUUGCAUAUUUUGCUGAAUCUGAGACCAAGAUCUGUUUUAAAUAUUACCAUGGUGUCAGCGGGGUACUCAGAGCCACCACCCCAAGUGUCAUCGUGAAGAGCACAUCGGCUCCUGUGUUGAAGCCAGUAGUCAGUCAGGAGGUCACCCAGGGCCCUGCUAACAGAAGACUUGUCAGUUUCUCCCUCUCCGACUUCCAGGCGGUGGGUCUGAAGAAGGGCAUGUUCUUCAACCCAGACCCCUACCUGAAGAUCUCCAUCCGGCCAGGCAAACACAGCACCUUCCCCGGCCUCCCCCACCACGGCCAGGAGAAACGCUCGGGCAUCGCAUGCAACACCGUCAACCCUGUCUGGCAGAGAGAGCGGUUCAACUUUGUGUCACUUCCCACGGAUGUCCUGGAGAUCGAGGUGAAGGACAAGUUUGCCAAGAGCAGGCCCAUCAUCAAGCGCUUCCUGGGCAAGCUGUCCGUCCCUGUCCAGAGGCUGCUGGAGAAACACGCCAUUGGGUAGGUGCACCUAUCACUCAGGACCCGUGUGGUGAGUUACUCCCUGGGUCGCAGGCUGCCUACAGACCACGUCAGCGGCCAGCUGCAGUUCCGCUUUGAGCUGACCUCCACCAUCCACCCAGAUGACGAGGACCUCUCCCUGGUCAUGGAGCCAGUGGUCCCCGUGGUUCCAGAUGACCCUCCAGAGGAGGAGAACCAAGACCCAGCCCUCCCUGACGACCUGCCCGACGACGACACCCUGAGCCUGGCCCGGACAUGCCGGACCUGCCCCUGGAUGAAGCCCCAGACCUGGAGCCCUGCUGCGUCGUGGCUCCGGCCUCCCCCAGAGGGCGAGUCAGAGGCCCGGGGAGGGGCCGGGUGCGACUGCGCCUCCCGCGCCUCCUCCCCCUCCCCCUCCAUGCGCAGCGCCCUGCGCCGGAAGAACCGGCCAUGCUCGCUGCCCGUGUCCGAGCUGGAGACGGGGAUCGCCUCGGCGUGCGGCGACCCGGAGACGCCGCGCACGCACUACAUCCGCAUCCACCACCUCCUCCACAGCCUGCCCUCGGCACGCCAGCGGCACGCCAGCCAGGACGAGGAGGAGGAGCCGGACGAGGGGGAAGGGCUCCCUCCCCACCCCCCGACACGGCCAGCCUCAAGACGGCCAAAGACGGAUGAAGAGGAGGACGAGGAGGAGGAUACCGCCCAGUCCCCUUCUCAGGUGCGGGCGUGCCCGGGCCCCUGCUGCAGAAGGGCUCUCCCCAGGAGCCUGUCCAUCGAGCGUCUGUCCGAGCUCAACCAGCUCCUGGAGGGCGAGGGCGUCCGGGGGGCGCGGCCCGCGGGCCAGGAGGGCGAGAGGGGGCGGGCGGGGAGGCCAGCCGGGCAGCGUCUCCAGGCCCCCGGGGGGAGAGCUGAGUGCGAGCUGUGCGACAACUCCUGCUACAGCACGUCCUGCUACAGCACGUCCUGCUACAGCACGUCCUGCUACAGCAACUCGGGCUACGAGGGCCGCAACCGCUUCUGCAGCCACACGCGCCUCUCCUCCGUGGACAGCACGCGCCUCUCCGAGAGCACCGUGUUCUCCUCGCAGGAGGAGGACGAGGAGGAGAACAGCGCCUUCGAGUCGGUGCCCGACUCCGUGCAGAGCCCGAGGGCAGGGAGGCGGGGGGAGAGAGGGGAGAGGGCUGGACGGAGGAGGGGGGCGGAGAGAGCGGGGAGCCCGUGGCGGGCCCCAGCGACAGGAACGGAACAGGUGAGAGGCGUCGACGCCCGACCAGGCCCCUAUUCCGCGUCACCAUGCUGUUACCAUCCAGUCAACCAUGCUCCAGCCAUGAGACCCGACCCCAACCAUUACCCCACUGUGGAUGAGCCCUUGCCUCCAAACUGGGAGGCGCGCAUCGACAGCCACGGGCGAGUCUUCUACGUGGACCACGUCAACCGCACCACCUCCUGGCAGAGGCCCAGCCACGCCCCCAAAUGCUCUGGCCUCCAUCGCUCCAACUCCACCCACCAGAUGGAACAGCUCAACCGCAGGUACCAGAACAUUCAGAGGACAAUGGCGACCGAGGAGGAUUGUGGGAGUCGUAGGCUGGAGAGGAGUGGCAGUACAGAUACCGAGGCGGACUCGCCGCCCCUGGCCAUCGAGCCCAGGAGAGAGGGCCCGUCCUCCCCUGUCAGCAACCAGAAGAUCACCCUGCUCCUGCAGUCUCCGGCCGUCAAGUUCAUCACACACCCAGAGUUCUUCACCGUCCUCCACGCCAACUAUGGAGCCUACAGGAUAUUCACCAACAGCACCUGUCUGAAGCACAUGAUCCUGAAGGUGCGCCGCGAUGCCCGGAACUUUGAGCGCUACCAGCACAACCGCGACCUCGUGGUCUUCCUCAACAAGUUUGCCGACACGCAGCUGGAGCUGCCCAGAGGCUGGGAGAUCAAGACUGACCCGCAGGGGAAGUCGUUCUUUGUGGACCACAACAGCCGCGCGACCACCUUCAUCGACCCACGCAUCCCCCUGCAGAACGGCCGCCUGCCCAACCACCUGACCCACAGACAGCACCUGCAGAGGCUCCGCAGCUACAGCGCCGGAGAGGCCUCGGAAGUGUCCAGGAGUCGAGGGGCUGCUCUGUUGGCCAGGCCAGGAAACAGCCUGGUAGCAGCUAUACGCAGCCAGUACCACCCUGACUCUGUACCCCUAGGUACACCAUCGUACAACGACAAGAUCGUGGCGUUCCUCCGCCAGCCCAACAUCUUCGAGCUGCUCCAGGAGAGACAGCCGGGCCUCGUCAGGAACCACGUGCUGAGGGAGAAGAUUCACUACAUUCGAACUGAGGGCACUCAGGGGGUGGAGAAGCUGUCAUGUGAUGCAGACCUGGUCAUCCUUCUGAGCCUGUUUGAGGAGGAGAUCAUGUCCUAUGUCCCGCCCCAGUCCUUCCAUCCUGGGUACAGCUUCUCCCCUCGCUGCUCUCCCGCCUCCUCGCCUCAGAACUCUCCAGGCUUACAGAGGGCCAGAGCUCCUGCCCCGUACCGCAGAGACUUUGAAGCCAAACUGCGUAACUUCUACAGGAAGCUGGAAGCCAAGGGCUACGGCCAGGGACCGGGAAAGAUCAAGCUGAUCGUGAGGAGGGACCACCUGCUGGAGGGCACCUUCAACCAGGUGAUGGCCUACUCCCGCAAGGAGCUGCAGAGGAACAAGCUCUACGUCACCUUCCUGGGAGAGGAGGGGUUGGACUACAGUGGUCCUUCUAGAGAGUUCUUCUUCCUGCUCUCCCAGGAGCUCUUCAACCCGUACUACGGCCUCUUUGAGUACUCGGCCAAUGACACCUACACCGUCCAGAUCAGCCCCAUGUCGGCCUUCGUGGAGAACCAUCUGGAAUGGUUCCGGUUCAGCGGCCGUAUCCUGGGCCUGGCCCUGAUCCAUCAGUACCUUCUGGACGCCUUCUUCACGAGGCCCUUCUACAAGGGCCUGCUCAGACUGGCGACAGAUCUCAGUGAUCUGGAGUACCUGGACGAGGAGUUCCACCAGAGCCUGCAGUGGAUGAAGGACAACGACAUCACGGACAUCCUGGACCUCACCUUCACCGUCAACGAGGAGGUGUUUGGACAGGUGACGGAGCGCGAGCUGAAGUCAGGCGGCUCCAACCUGCAGGUGACGGAGAAGAACAAGAAGGAGUACAUCGAGCGUAUGGCCAAGUGGAGGGUGGAGAGAGGGGUGGUGCAGCAGACCGAGGCUCUGGUCAGGGGCUUCUACGAGGUGGUGGACUCCAGGCUGGUGUCUGUGUUUGACGCCAGGGAGUUGGAGCUGGUCAUCGCUGGCACGGCGGAGAUCGACGUCAGUGACUGGAGAACGAACACAGAGUACAGGGGAGGUUACCACGACAGCCACAUCGUAAUCAGGUGGUUCUGGGGCGCCGUGGAGCGCUUCAACAACGAGCAGAGGCUCCGCCUCCUCCAGUUUGUCACGGGGACUUCCAGCGUCCCCUACGAGGGCUUCGCCGCCCUGCGGGGCAGCAACGGCCUGCGGAGGUUCUGCAUCGAGAAGUGGGGGAAGGUCACCUCCCUGCCCAGGGCUCACACUUGUUUUAACCGUCUGGACCUCCCUCCGUACCCAUCCUACACCAUGCUGUUCGAGAAGCUGCUGGUCGCUGUGGAGGAGACAAGCACCUUCGGCCUGGAAUGAGGAGGAGAGUAUCGAAUCAAACGCACAUCCCUUUCGACAAUGUGCUGGGCCAAAAACCUGUGAUUAAGUCAAAUAGGGGGGGCCACGUUCAAAUGCUCCAACACUCAUACAUGUAUUGGCUUGCAGUAUUUCAACAAGCCAGAGAGACAGAGAAACAAAAGGACAACGGCUCUGACAUAGACGGCAAUUCCAUUCAAGCGAAUCUGUCCACAGUAAGUCAAUAAAAGGUUCGUAUUGGAGUAUUUGGAUGUGCGGGCCCCACUGUAUUUUAGCCUUGAGGGAGGCGAAAGACUGACCAAGCACCUGGGACUAUCACUAUACUGAGACAACUGUUAUUUUGUAAAAGUCCAGUAAUAUGGCACCUGCUAUCAACAUCUGUCGUUUUAUAGACAAUAAUCUACAUACACGAGGACCCAGGUUCGAAAAAGGAUCAAACUAAUUAAAACUUGCAUGCACUGAACUGAACUGCAUCUCUCAUCAAGAACUAUGUAUGGUACACCAGGCUCUGGGCUUGGACCAAACCAAACAUGUAUGCAAUACUGAAAACCCACGACUCCAGCCUGCUCUACAACCCCACCUAUAACUGCUAUCCCCAGCGUUCCAUUCGACCCAUAACGCACCACAGUGUUUUCAUGGAGGGAUGCUGAUGCUACGUGGAGGGCUGGGCUUGUUGAACCCGCAGGAUUCCAGUUCCCUGUGACAUCAUCACAGGAUGUAAGACUUGUGGUAAACCCACCCAAACCUCUCCAAGAACAAAUCAUCUUCCUGUCAAUCAAUCAGUCAUUUGAGGCUCAUCUCAACAAUACUAUCAACAUUACUUCAACUCCUGAGGAGAAUUCAGUGACUACAAACCAAAUUAAUUCAUCAAUUUACUUGUGGAAUUUAUUAUGAUUAGGUCAUCGCUGUUUUACCUUUGGACCAAGGUAUUGAAUGUCUCUCCUGCUACGCAAAGAGUGAGUGGACUCAACAGGAACCUGCAUCUCCAGCCAUGGAAAGACUCAGUGCCUUGGUUCCUAUUUGCCUCGGAACACCUUGUCUUGUGUGUUUGGCUGCUCUUAGAUCCUCUUGGAGCUCAGAGAGGCUUUAGAUGACAACUUAGUCGUGUCAUGAGACAGGUGACCUUCAAGGUGAUGGUUGAUUUGCGCGUUUACUGACUGCAUGGCUUAUGCUGUAUCAUGGUUAGGUCCAGCACCACUGUACAGAGAGAGCUACUACGGCAUAGGUGACCCAGCAGGUGAUGAUGUCACUGGACGGGGCGAAGAUUAGACCAGGCUAAGCUCCCUCUCGCUUACUCUCUCUUACACUGUUUCUAUAUCUAUCACUCUUUCUCUCUCUCUCCCUCUCGCUGGCAGGAUACUUGCAAAGUCAUGGUGCUCACACACACACCACAAAUAAUACUGCUGAUGUCACGCCUGGCAUUGAAGGUCUGCUACUUUGACUCUGGGCAGCAAUGGGUCGAGUCCAGUAUACAUGCCCUGCUGUUUGGUUUUACUUUGUCUUUUUUACUGUCAAAUGUGAAACUUUUCAUUAACAAUUUUUUUGUAUUUUGUAACUUGACUUGUUUGGAACUUUGAUUAAGUUGAGGGUGUCAUGGUGUUUUUGUCUCUGGUUGUUUCUGAAUCACUGUGUUUAUGAUGCCACAGUAUGUUGCCAUCUGUAAACGUAUUGCCUUUGACAUCAUGAAGGAAGAUUCUUGAUAUAGUGGAGGUACCAUUGUGAAGAGACAGUGUCAGAUAGUCAUGUGAUGAUAUCUACUUGAUGAUCAGGUUUCUUUGGUCUUUAUUGGGUAUGUUGGGAAAUCAUGUGGGUAAUAAUAAUGUUGUCUUCCUUCUUACACUGUAAAGCUGACUUCCUCCAAGGUGACCCCACACUUUUAGCCUCCUCCUUAUCCUCCUGUCCUUCUGCCAUACUCUGCUGGUGGGAAUCUCCGGUCAAGGAGGCAAGGAGGGAGGAUACACAAUGGUGCGAGGAAAGACCGUUGAGAUCCAACCCCUUGUGUUGAGAGAAAAAGAUUAUGGUUGUACCUUGGACUUGCAUCCGUAAUCAAAUGUGUCACUUUUGGAAAGGAAGUGGUUUUGUGGGAUUUGUCUUGUGUGUAAAAAAGAAAAUGAAGAAAGAAAGAAAGCCAUUCUAAUAUUUUUACUGUCGUUAUAAAGAAUUUUAUCUAUAGAAUAUUCUGGGCAUGUUUUGGAAAUAUUGAUCCUAAUUAUGAUAAUGAUAUUUAAAAGAAAAACAAUGGCCAAGAUUACCCUUCACUAAUUCUUGAAUAUUUAAAGGAUUCAAUGAACCAAUUGUGCAUUGGUUACAGUUGAAAACAAAUCUUUAAAUUCAUGCUUUGCAGAAAUAAUGUACCAAAUCAUACAUGGAAAGUCAUUAUAGUAUCAAUCUGUGCCCCGGUUAUGUAUUUCGUUUCACUGCUGGGUUCAUGUGUGCAUUUCUUUUCCCCUCCCUUUGUAAACAAUGUUUCUUUCAACAUUCGAAACAAAGGAGCACAGAUGGAAAGGUAUAGUAGUUUAUAUACUAUUUAUACAGAAAACCAAGAUGCAUUGAAGGCAUUUCAGGGCAAAAAUGUUAGUUAUUUUCCCUCUACAGUUCCACAUUGAAAUUGUAAGAAAUGUUGUGGAAAAACUCUUGCCUGUUUAGAUAAACAGUACUGUAUGUUGGAAAAAAAUACAUUAUUGUAUUCAACCUAAUCUGUUUUGGUUUGAUAACGGGUCACUUUAUUCUCAGGAUGUGCUUUUGCUCCAUCUUAUCACUGUUCACGAAUGUCAAUAAACAA